AUGCGCUUCUCAGCUGUCAUCGGGCUGCUUCUUACCAUGGCCGUUGGUACCCAGGCCGGCUUGUACUGCCAGUGCUUGUACUCGGAUGGUUCCCACUGCUGUAUCGCGGACAACAGAGGUGACUGCACUUCAUCCUGCAAGGACGUUAAGCCGCUGUUCGAAGACAAGGGCUGCAACGCUGGUGGAAAGUUCUCUGACGUGAGCGCCUGGAACGCUCAGUGGCGCACUGCCUGCAACGACUAA